AUGGCCUUCAAACGUAAAGUGUCUAUUGACCACAUGGACACAGUCAACGACCUCGUCUACAAGAAAGCUAAGAUGGGAGAGUACACCGACUUCGCCCUGGAGUGUGACGGUGUCGAAAUCCCUGUCCAUAAAGUGAUCGUCUGUUCUCAGAUAAAGGCAUUCGCAGCUGCUUGCGCCGGAGGCUUCAAGGAGGGCUGUUCCGGCGUCUAUCGAAUUGACGAGUUCCCACUAUCCUCGAUCCGCCAUCUGGUACAGUUUCUCUACACCGGAGACUAUGGCCUUCCAAACGACGCCGACAAGUCUCCCUCGGACCCGGACCUCGUGCUGCCUCCCUCUCUUUCCCUCUCCCCCUCCUCCUCUUCCUCUUCCUCCUCCUCCUCCGCCGCCGCUACUACUGCUGCUAUUACUACCGCUGCCGUCACCGAGGAUCUCUCGAAGAACCUUGUUGCACAUAUCCAUAUGGCCGAGAUCGCGGAUUACUUCAACGUGCCGGGACUCAAAGAACUCGUUCACAAGAAGGUUGACGAGACGCUGCAACUGCCGUGGUCCCCGGAGGGCUUCGCUGAUGCGGUGACGAUGGCUUUCAACAUUGGCGAUAAUGGCGUACUGCGCGACAGGCUUGCAGCGACCGUCGCCGACCAUCUCGACGAUUUUCUAGGGACUGACAGUCGCAUGGAUCUCUUCACGCACGAUGCGUCCUUCCAAGUCCUGCGACGCUUGAACGAACAACUUAAAGAGUCGGAGAGACGGACAAAGGGAUUGCAGAGACAACCCAAGAGGUCGCUUGAGCUACAACGCUUGAACGAAAAACUAAAAGAGUCGGAGAGACGGACAAAGGAAUUGCAGAGACAACCCAAGAAGUCGCCUGAGCUACAACGCUUGAACGAAAAACUAAAAGAGUCGGAGAGACGGACAAAGGAAUUGCAGAGACAACCCAAGAAGUCGCCUGAGCUACAACGCUUGAACGAAAAACUAAAAGAGUCGGAGAGACGGACAAAGGAAUUGCAGAGACAACCCAAGAAAUCGCUUGAGUUACAAACACGCCUCGCACAGCAAUUGGGAAGCGAGCGUGAGUUAAGCAAUGGUAUCAUUCUGUCGUGA